AUGUCCGACAGCAAACAAUCCCUCCUAUCCUCCUCGGACCCCUCCACCGACCCACCCCCCGCCUACUCCCCCUCCAAUACCACAACAACCACCACAACAACCAACAAACGAGCCUCUCUCCUCCCGCGCCCCCCACCCCUAUCCCUCCCGGUCCUCACGCACCUCCGCACCAAACGCUUCAUCCUAGCCUCCACCUCCCCCCGCCGCCGCCAAAUCCUCUCCCUCCUCUCCCUCCCCAACAUAGAAAUCAUCCCCCCCAACACCGAAGAAAACCUGCCCAAAACCCUCUCACCCUACGAAUACGUCCUCCAAACCGCCACCAAAAAAGCGCAAGCCGUGUACGCGCAAGAAAUCGACUCUCCCAAAGGCGAACCAGCCGUGAUCCUCGCCGCGGACACCAUCAUCGUGGACACCUCGACGGGGUCGAUUCUGGAAAAACCCCGCAGCGAAGCCCACCACAUCACUAUGCUCAAGAAUCUGCGCGACGCGGGCGAACAUAAAGUCUACACGGCGGUGGUGGGGAUGGCGCCGCUGGCGAGUGCGCGGGUGCCGGGGUAUGCGUUGGAGAGUUGGAUUGAGGAGACGAGGGUGUGGUUUGAUCGCGGGGUGAGUGAUGAGGUGAUUCUGGCGUAUGUGAAGACGAGGGAGGGGGCGGAUAAGGCGGGCGGGUAUGGGAUUCAGGGGUUGGGGAGUGUGUUGGUUGAGAGGAUUGAGGGGAGUUAUGAUAAUGUGGUGGGGUUGCCGUUGAGGAGGACGUUGGGGGUGAUUGAACGGGUUGUGGCGAAGGCGGAUGAUGAGGAUUUGUUGGAUGGGGAGGUCGAGGAGGAUUAUGUGGAGGGGGAGGAUGAGGAGGAGUGA